CGCGGCGUCGUCUUAGCAACCAGGCUACAAGACGCGGCUGGGCCUCUAGGCCCUUGUCUACAGUGCCCCAGGGCUCCUCACCUGCCCUACUGGCUUCCAGCACCAUGUCUGUGCGGACGCUACCUCUGCUAUUUUUGAACUUGGGCGGGGAGAUGCUUUACAUCCUGGACCAGCGGCUGCGGGCCCAGAAUAUCCCCGGAGACAAAGCCCGAAAAGUACUGAAUGACAUCAUUUCAACCAUGUUCAACAGAAAGUUUAUGGAAGAAUUAUUCAAACCCCAAGAGCUCUACUCCAAGAAGGCCCUAAGGACUGUCUACAACCGCCUCGCUCAUGCCUCCAUUAUGAGACUGAACCAGGCCAGCAUGGAUAAGCUCUAUGACCUGAUGACUAUGGCUUUCAAAUAUCAAGUAUUGCUGUGUCCACGUCCCAAGGAUGUGCUGCUGGUCACUUUCAAUCAUUUAGAUGCCAUCAAGGGAUUCAUCCAAGACUCCCCAACCAUCCUGAACCAAGUGGAUGAGACUUUCCGACAGCUGACAGAUACGUACGGGGCUCUCUCUGCUGGGGAGUUCCAACUGAUCCGUCAGACACUCCUCAUCUUCUUCCAGGACCUGCACAUCAGAGUGUCCAUAUUUCUAAAGGACAGAGUUCAAAAUUCUAAUGGUCGCUUUGUGUUGCCAGUGUCCGGACCUGUUCCCUGGGGAACUGAAGUGCCUGGACUCAUCAGAAUGUUCAACAACAAAGGGGAAGAAGUGAAGAAGACAGAAUUCAAGCAUGGUGGAAACUACGUCUCUGCACCCAAAGAAGGUUCUUUUGAACUUUAUGGAGACCGAGUCUUGAAACUGGGAACUAACAUGUACAGUGUAAACCGGACUGUGGAGACCCAUAUGUCUGCAGCAUCAAAGAACUUAACCUCACAGACACAGGAAAACAUCACUCCAAACCCUCUUGCUAAAGAAGAGCUGAAUUUCCUGGCCAGGCUGAUGGGAGGGAUGGAGAUUAAGAAACCCAGCGGCCCAGAGCCAGGAUUCCGGUUGAAUCUCUUUACCACUGAUGAAGAGGAGGAACAUGCAGCACAAUCCAGGCCAGAAGAGUUAACCUACGACAUUAUCAACAUACAAGCUAUACAGGACCAGCAACAAAAGGAAGAGCUGGCUCGGAUCAUGGGGGAGUUUGAGAUCAAAGAGCAGCCAAGGCAGAGCUCCAGCAAGGGGGAUGAUCUGCUCGCCAUGAUGGAUGAGUUAUAGCCUUGCUGACCGGGUGCCUCCUUCCAACCCUCCGGGGAGGGCUGCCUGAUGAAGACCCCUGGCAAAGAAGGCUCCAGGAUCCAAAAUGAUGCUGCUAGUUUUCCACUAAAGGAGGCUGUCACCUCUGGUUCCUGUUCAUGAUGUAAAGGACUCUGCAGGUCUCCCCCAGAGAGCACACCCUCUCCUGAAGGCAUAUGCAUACACGUGUCUUCAGCAAAAUAUAUUAUGCCUUUGAAACCA